AUGUCAACCCCUACGAACAAACAGCAGCCGCCGCGCCAGAACAAGGAGGUUGUGACGGUCAAGGAUGUGACGACAAGCAAGUAUGACGCGAUGGCAGCAUCGUUGGAGAGCCUGACGGAGGUUACUGUGAGGGAAGCUGAGGCCUCGAUGGGCUCGAUCGGGGAAAUCGAAGCCAUGGGCGACCAGAUCAAAGCUUCCAUCGAGGAGAUGGGCAAGAGCGUGGCUGAAAACAUCUGCGGAGCCCUAGCAGCGACGAUACAGGAGGUGCUGACCCAGGUUCUGAGGAACCGGGAGCCGGCGACGAUCACGAUCAUGGGGAUGGCGCCGGCAGCAGCAGCGACGGGCCAGGAGUGCGGCAACGCGACGGCCGGGAGCAAGGCAAAGCCGCCACGCGGCAGCGCGGGAGCGGACCGCGUCGGUAGCGCGCUGCGAGGAGGAGGCGGCGGAGGAGAAACUGUCAGCCGGCGGUGUUGA